AUAAACAUUCAAAUGUCACUGAAUUUAGAAAAAUCACUUAAACCAGCAUCAAUCAAGCCACCAAUAACAAAUACACCAGAAAUAAUCUUCUAUUACAACACCCACUUAGCAUCUUUGAAUUUUCUUUCCAUAAACAUUCUUAAAUCAUUACACUCUAGUUGUUAGACAAGUUUAUUUAUAGUUUAGUUUAGACAGACAAAAAAAGAGCAGACAUGUCUGGUGGUGGCGAAGGAGAAACUUUAGAGUUCACACCCACUUGGGUGGUGGCUCUGGUUUGUACUGUGAUCGUUGCCAUUUCUCUUGCUGUUGAAAGAUUGCUUCAUUAUGGUGGUAUUUAUCUCAAGAAAAAGCACCAGAAACCCCUCUAUGAAGCUCUUCAAAAAAUUAAAGAAGAGUUGAUGCUUCUGGGUUUCAUAUCAUUGUUGUUGACAGUAUCACAAAACUUAUUUGCGAAAAUAUGUGUGCCUGAUCAUGUGAUGACUACUAUGCUUCCCUGUAAACUCUCUGAUAAAGGAGGAGUACAUGAUUCCGAAUCUGCCACAACGACUGAGCAUUUUCAGAGGUCUUUUGUUGCUAGCAUUCUCGGCACUACUAGACGUCUUCUAGCCGAAUCAGCAGAAGCACAUCUGGGUUACUGUGGCAAAAAGGGUAAGGUCCCACUGCUAUCUAUUGAAGGACUGCAUCAUCUGCACAUCUUUAUCUUUGUCCUAGCUAUCGUCCACGUUACUUUCUGCUUACUCACUGUUCUUUUUGGAGGAGCAAGGAUUCGUCAAUGGCAGCACUGGGAGAAUUCAAUUGCCAAAGAUCUAUACGAUACAGAAGAGGUUUUGAAAAAAAAGAUCACCUGUGUACAUCAACAUGCAUUUAUCAAGGAUCAUUUUCUGGGUAUUGGUAAAGACUCAAUUGUGCUGGGAUGGCUGCACUCUUUCUUAAAGCAAUUCUAUGCAUCUGUGACUAAGUCAGAUUAUAUAACUCUUCGACUGGGAUUUAUCACGAGACAUUGCAAGUCAAAUCCAAAGUUCAAUUUUCACAAGUACAUGGUACGUGCACUUGAAGAUGACUUUAAGGUGGUUGUCGGGAUAAGUUGGUAUCUCUGGGUAUUUGUGGUCAUCUUCUUAUUGCUGAAUGUUAAUGGUUGGCAUACAUAUUUCUGGAUAGCAUUUUUUCCUUUCAUUCUGCUUCUUGCUGUGGGUGCGAAGUUGGAGCAUGUAAUUGCAGAGUUGGCUCAUGAUGUUGCUGAGAAACAUGUAGCUAUAGAAGGGGACUUAAUUGUUAAACCAUCAGAUGAUCACUUUUGGUUCAAUAAACCUGAGAUCGUCCUGUUCUUGAUUCAUUUCAUCCUUUUCCAGAAUGCUUUUGAGAUUGCAUUUUUCUUUUGGAUAUGGGUUCAAUAUGGUUUCGACUCCUGCAUCAUGGGACAAGUCAGAUAUAUUAUUCCUAGACUAAUCAUUGGAGUGUUCAUUCAGGUCCUCUGCAGCUACAGCACCCUUCCACUAUAUGCCAUUGUGACACAGAUGGGAAGUUCUUUCAAGAAAGCAAUAUUCGAUAAACAUGUGCAAGCUGGACUAGUUGGUUGGGCUCAGAAAGCGAAAAGAAAGACGAAAGCAUUAAAUAACGGGUCUGCCGAACCAAGUUCUCAUGAAGGUUCAGUUUUUGGCAUUCAGCUUGGAAAUAUGGGGCGCAAAACGUCUGCUCCUGAUGAGAUUCAACUGACAGCUAAUUCCGACGCGAAAAACUGAUUAGUUUAGUAACUGAAAUUGUAGUUGUGUGUAGUUGAUAUAGAAAUAUGUAAAUGUAUCAAUUAGAUGAUGCAUAAGAUUUUGCAAGGCUGAAGCUUCAUCUUGAGCAUUGUCAGCCACUUGAAUAUAUUGAUGUAGAUGCUGAUGUAGCUUGGAUUCUGCUGGUGCAGGUAUUAAUUUCACAGGAAAAAAAGGUAAACUACAAAUAUUUUAGGAAAAAAUUAUACUACUAUAUGAGCUUUUAGGAA